AUGAGCACCGCAUACCAGCAGUCGCUGGCCGCUUACGACAAUCACGCCCUGCGACCCUAUGCUCCGUCAAUUGCCCUCCCCAGAGGCGCAGCUUCGGCUGCCGUCGGUGCCAGCGACGCCAGGAACGCCGCUGCGCUGUACGCUCGAUAUCCCUUCCAGCAGAGCCAGCCUGCCCAGGUGCCCGCCUCGCAGGCGCGCAACGACGCUCUCACGCAGCUUCACAGCGCACCCUCAGACAGGUCUACCAAGUCGGAGACGCCUGCCUCGGCUGUAUCCGCCCAGGACGCUGCAUCGUCGCGAAAGAGCCCUGAGACGUUGAUCUACCACAGUCUCCAGAUUCCGCGAUGCAUCAGUUCCGACGGCGGCAGCCUGGCAGACUUUGCAGCCCAGAUGACGUGCCUUUUUUGGUUUGAACCCAUCGAUCGACUCAAGAAGGCAGAGACUUUUCGGUCGCGGCCGGACACGGUCACGACGCAGCUGGCGAACCUCUCCAAGCCGAGCGAGCAGUUCCGCAAAUGGGUAUACAAUGUGCUGUCGACCACCCAGGUUACACAGAACGUGAUCCUGCUCGCGCUGCUCUUCAUCUACAGACUGAAGCUGUCAACGCCGCAGAUCAAGGGACGCGAGGGCAGUGAGUAUCGAUUGCUCACGGUGGCCCUCAUGCUUGGCAAUAAAUUCCUCGACGACAAUACCUACACCAACAAGACGUGGGCCGAGGUGUCGUGCUUCGCAGUUGGCGAGAUUCACGUCAUGGAAGUAGAGUUUCUUAGUAACAUGCGCUACAACCUCCUGGCCUCCAAGGAAGAGUGGGAGGACUGGUUGACCAAGCUGGCCUGCUUCCGCGAGUACUACACGCAGGCCUCCCGAGCCCCGGCAUCUCCGCUGGCGGCCACCUCUCCCUCCUCCAGGGGCUUCCACUCGCCCGUCGUCUCGCCGACCACGAUGCUCCCGACCGGCGACGCGGCAUUCAGUCCCGCCACCGCACCCACGUACUCGCCGCCUCUGUCGAAGCACGCGCAAGACUGGGCCACGUACCACGCCAACCCCGUCUCACCCCUGGCCGUCAAGCCGUCGACGGCUCUGCGCAACUCUCGGAAGCGCAGCCCCGAUGGAGAGCCCAUGGAGGGCGUCAAUAACCCAUCUAAGCGAGUUAUGCGUCUGCAUCCAGCUCAGGUCCACGAGAACCCUUGGUCCACUAGCUGCGCUUCCGCGCCCAGGUACGGCGUUCCGCAUCUAUCCAUUGUCACCUCGCAGCCCACCCCCAACCCCUACGCCAACCAGAACGUCGCCUCUCUGCCCCCGCUGCAGGCGGGCAUGCGUGCCAUGUCGACGGUGUACCAACCCUUCAAGACGACGACAACGACGACAACGACGACGAUGCCCCAGCGGACCAGCGGCCCGCCGCCCAUGGCGUACACCACGCCCAGCAAGCGGCAGCACGGCUUGGCCGGCCUGGCCUCGGGCUACACGUCGUCGCCCAUGGCAGAGACGCCGUUUGGAGCCGUGUCGGGGGUGCACACGCCCAUGGCCCUGACGCCCAUCUCGCACUCGCCCAGCGUCUACCUGCAGCAGCGGGCGAGCCCCUACAAGCCCGUCCGCCACGUCAACAGGCUGCUCUACCCGCCGCCGUCGGCCUCGCUGGAUCAGUAUCACCUGGCCGUGCCGGUGCCGCCAACGCACAUGCAUUACCAGCCUCUGGGCCGGCGAAACGACCUUCGCACGGGAGUGGUGCCCGAGUUUAUAGUGUACAACCAGGGCCAGCAACCCCUCCCGCACCAUGCAGCGCAAGGAUCGUAUGCACCCUAG